AUGGCAGACAAAGAAAAACUCCAAAAUAGAUCAAUCUCUUGUCGCAGCACGUUUCGACCCUUAGAAGAAUCCAAUGCCAUAAUCAAGCCUGGACAAUUAUAUGGGACGAUAUCUACCCCAAGCUUCGUCACCUGCAACUCAGACGAACCAGUAGACUAUCAAGUACUCCUCAAUACUAAUGCCUCAGCAGAACAUAUUCUUUUGCCUGAUUUUAUUUAUGGCCUCAGCGGGAAAUUACUCCUACUUAACACUCCAGCUGCCCCAGUUUUGAAUUACUAUUUAGAAAUGGUUGCCAAAAUUUGCCCCGCGGCACAGCAACUUGAAGAUUCCACCAAUAAAACGUUUACUUUGGGACCUGGGGUUGUCAUUUUUGUCGCAAAACCCAAGUCCGAUUCCGACUUGGAUCCGAUUGAGAAUAAAAAAAUGGAUUUGAUCAUCCAUGUCAAUCAUAGUGAUUGGGACCCUGCGGUCAGACUCAUAUCAUUGCAUAAUUCAAUCGAUCGUCAUCUAUACUGA